CUCAUGAAAGGAGAGCAGCGGGAGGAGCAGGGGCUGGGCCCCGAACCCGCGGCGCCCCCGCAGCCCACGGAGGAGGAGGAGGCCCUGAUCGAGUUCCACCGCUCCUAUCGAGACCUCUUCCAGUUCUUCUGCAACACCACCACCAUCCAUGGCGCCAUCCGCCUGGUGUGCUCCCAGCACAACCGCAUGAAGACGGCCUUCUGGGCCGUGCUGUGGCUCUGCGCCUUCGGCAUGAUGUACUGGCAGUUCGGCCAGCUCUUCGGGGAGUACUUCGGCUACCCCGUCAGCCUCAACAUCAACCUCGACUCCGACAAGCUCGUCUUCCCCGCCGUCACCAUCUGCAACCUCAAUCCCUACAGGUACACGCAAAUUAAAGAGGAGCUGGAGGAGCUGGACCGCAUCACAGAGCAGACGCUCUACGACCUGUACAAAUAUAACUCCUCCAACACUCUGGGGGCCCAACCCCGCGGUCGCCGCGACCUCCGGGAGACCUGGCCGCACCCCCUGGAGCGCCUGGCGGUCCCGGCCCCGCCCUCCCGGGCCCGCCCAGCCCGCAGCGCCGCCUCCAUUGUGCGGGACAACAACCCCCAAGUGAACUGGAAGGACUGGAAGAUCGGCUUCCAGCUGUGCAACCAGAACAAAUCGGACUGCUUUUACCAGACUUACUCGUCAGGGGUGGAUGCAGUGAGGGAGUGGUACCGCUUCCACUACAUCAACAUUCUCUCGCGCCUGGGGGACACUUCUCCGUCCCCGGGGGAGGACAUGCUGGACAACUUCAUCUUCGCCUGCCGCUUCAACCAGGCCUCCUGCAAUCAGGCGAAUUACUCUCACUUUCACCACCCGAUGUAUGGGAACUGCUACACUUUCAAUGGCAAGAACAACUCGAACCUCUGGAUGUCUUCCAUGCCCGGGAUCAAAAACGGCCUGUCCCUGACGCUGCGCACAGAGCAGAAUGACUUCAUCCCGCUGCUGUCCACGGUGACUGGGGCCAGGGUGAUGGUGCACGGGCAGGACGAGCCUGCCUUCAUGGAUGACGGCGGCUUUAACUUGCGGCCUGGCGUGGAGACCUCCAUCAGCAUGAGGAAGGAAGCCCUGGACAGACUUGGGGGCAACUAUGGUGACUGUACCAAGAAUGGCAGUGAUGUCCCUGUGGAGAACCUUUAUCUUUCCAAGUACACGCAGCAGGUGUGUAUCCGCUCCUGCUUCCAGGAGAACAUGAUCAAGGAGUGUGGCUGUGCCUACAUCUUCUAUCCACUGCCCAAGAAUGUGGAGUUCUGUGACUACAGGAAGCAUAAUUCCUGGGGUUACUGUUACUAUAAGCUUCAGGAUGCCUUUUCCUCAGACCGUCUGGGCUGUUUCACCAAGUGCCGGAAGCCAUGCAGUGUGACCAGCUACAAGCUCUCUGCCGGUUAUUCACGAUGGCCCUCAGUGACAUCCCAGGACUGGAUCUUCCGGAUGCUAUCCCGACAGAACAAUUAUACCAUCAGCAACAAAAGAAAUGGGGUUGCCAAACUCAACAUCUUCUUCAAGGAGCUGAAAUACAAAACCAAUUCUGAGUCUCCCUCUGUCACGAUGGUCACCCUCCUGUCCAACCUGGGCAGCCAGUGGAGCCUGUGGUUCGGCUCCUCGGUGCUCUCUGUGGUGGAGAUGGCUGAGCUCAUCUUUGACCUCCUGGUCAUCACGUUCCUCAUGCUGCUCCGGAGGUUCCGAAGCCGAUACUGGUCUCCGGGCCGAGGGGGCAGGGGUGCCCAGGAGGUGGCCUCCACUCCGGCUUCCUCCCUCCCCUCCCAUUUCUGCCCCUACUCCACAUCCCCCUCCUCACCCCCACCAGGCCCUGCCACUUUCUCAGCCUCGACAGCCCCCCCGCCUGCCUAUGCCACUCUGGGCCCCUGCCCUUCUCCAUCCAACUUGGUGCGGACUGACUACUCUGCCUAUACUCUGGAGGAGCCCUGCAUGGGAAGGACUCCCCUGCCCGCGGCCCCGGGCUCCUCUCGGGACCUGCCGGGCCCGCGCAUCCCGGACUCCGCCGCCGCCGCCGCCGCCGCGCCGCCACUGCCUGAGCCCUGA